GUAAUUCUGAAAGUAAUCAGAAAAAUAAAAAAAGGCAAUCUGAAGAACUUUGUAAUGCCAGUGUACAAUCUACACAAGGCAACAAAAAAUUUAAAUAUUCUAAUUAUUUGAAACCAAUUGAAUAUUGUGAUACAGCACCUGUUCAUGAUGUUGAACAUUGUAAAAUAGUGUCCAUUUGUGAUAUUAAAUAUGAUGAUUUGAAAGAUUUAAAAUUUGGAUGGAAGGGAGGUUUUGGUGACAUUUACAAGGGAAUAUGGAAAGGACGACAUAUAGCAGCAAAAUUUGUUAGACGUGAAACUUCUACAGAAUUAAAGGAUUUUGACUAUGAGUUGGCUGCAUUGAGAAUAUCUGAGCGAUAUAAAAGUAAUAUCAUCCAAUUCUUCAGAUUAUCUCAAGGCCUAAGUAAAAAGCGAGAAAUAGGAAUACCCAUGCAAUAUAUCAAAAUAUAUGAAGAAUGUUGGAGUCCAGAUUCUUCAUUAAGAUCUAAAAUUUUAAAAAUAUUGAAUGAUCUUAAAAAUUUUAAUAAAAACCUGAUUUGUACAGAAAAAGAUAUUCCAUCGACAGGGAUUCAAAAAUUUUGGAUUACAGAGGAAUCGUCAUUUAGAUAUCAUUCUGAUAUGGAGAAUUUGCCUGAUAUAGUUGUACAACUGGAUGAAGCUUGUCAAGUUAAAUCCUUUUAUAGUUCUUAUUAUGAUAAUAUACAACUUAAUAAAAGAAUGUGUAACAAGUUAGGUGGAUGUAUCAUUGAAGCUGUAUCCAAGGUUGAGAUGCUUCAAAAUCAAGUCAAUUACAAUGAUUACGAUGAAUUAUUAGCAUAG